UAUUCCGAUUUCAUUUGUCGAAGUUGCCUUGGUGACGAUUCGUACCCGAGAUGCAUUGUUUGCGCGCAACAAGAAAUUUGCCACAGUACGCAAUAAGAUCGACAAGAAGAUGCUGCUAAAAAGACAUCAGUUGGUAACUGUUGGUAAACCCACACAAGCUACCGCGCGUCGGCUCAGCUAACGCGAAAAUUCUUGAGAAAAAUCGGAUACAGUUGAUCCAGGUGUUGUCUAUUGAGGCUACUACCGACAUAGAACAAGAAACGAGUUCAAUCGUGUUGUUGGAUUUGACUGUGCAACACAGAAAUAUGGCAUCAGUAUAUUGAUUUUAUCAGUUUUAUUUUGUCACUGAUUAAAAUGGCCAGUUACAACUGGACGGCAGAGUGGCUGGCCCCUAGUCACCAUUCGUCUUCGCUAAGGAAGUGUUUAAUCUGGUUAGAAAUGUCUGCAGGUACUAUUGCUGUAACGGCUUUUGCAAUCAACAGUUUCGUGAUGGCUUCAGCAAAAGUAUACAACGCAUCAUGCCGUGGAUAUUUUUUCGGACUUUUAAAUUUGGCCCUCGCUCAGUGUCUCCUUUCAUUGAUCAGUCUUGCUGGAGUGAUUUGUUCACUGUGGUUGUUGAACUACAAUGAGCCAUUGUCGACACACAAAGAAGGAUGGUGGUGCUCUGUUUUGCACAACAUUAUCCAUGCAAUACACUUGCUAUCUAUGCCCGGAACGGCAGUCCUCUCACUCUCGCAUUGGUGGACGUUAAACAUCUCGGCCAAUCACGCAGAAAUGUCAAAGGAUUUUCGAAUAGUUAAAGUGAUGUUUUGUGCAUUUUGGUUUCUGACUUUUCUGUUUGCUAUGUGGCUCAAUUUUCUUAUUGUAUUUUGGGGGGCAGGGUUAACCACUACGAUGGCUGAAAACGACAGAAGGACAAUUCAACCUUGUCUACGAAUAUAUUCCUUGACACUUAUUGCAUCGGCUUGUCUCCUCUUUUUCUCGAACCUUAGUUCUAUCCCACCUGUAAUCGGUCACCUUACUACCAGAGCAAUUCAAAAUAAUCAUCAAAAACAUUGCCAGGAUGCCGAUUGUUUUUGUUCGGACAGCAGUGAUUAUGGCACACCCUCCGAAACGUUUCCUAGUGUUAGUGUACAACCGGUUUUGCAACCAGGAAAAACAUUACAUGAACGCCCUUUAAACGCCAUGAUGAUUCCGACAAUUGUCACCUUGGACGAAAACGAUCAUGUAGCUGAAACUACGACAAAAUCACACAUCAAUGACAAUGAAUUGAUGCAUUCCGACAACGAGAUCAAUUUACAGCCCUGCCUACCCGAAAACAAUCAAGACUUUCUAUCUAGUAAAUCUACCAAAGCGAUGGCAUCAUCACCAGCAUCACCUGGUUGUAGCGUAAGCGUCUACUCUGCUGAUGUUUCCACCAACUCAGUCAAGGGCGCAAACAACAAAUUGUCUACUGAGAAAUUGCAUCAUCGAUUAAAGCAGCUCAACGAUGCUCGCAUGGCAUUUUUGCAGGAUCCAGAUUCAAGAUCACUGUCUCAGUCUUCAUAUGCUCAUUCAAUACGAGAAUCCAACUCCAGAAUGCGCCCAAAGAAGAGACGGAAGCAAGUAAAAAAGUACAAGGGACUUAAACAAAUUCAAUGGGAAAAUCCGACCAGCGUACAAAUUACAGUAAUGCUGUCUUUUGUGAUUUUCUACUUUCCUCCGUGGUUCCUACUCGUGGCUGGCAUUCAUAUGCCUCAACAUGCGACUAUUUGCUUGUCAAUUUUCCGACUACUCAUCAAUGUCGGAAGCAGCCUCAACCCAUUUUUACAAGGAUUUCGACAUCCUCGAUUUGCUCUCAAAAUGAUGCGAACUUGGCGCAAAAUCUAUCCAUCGAGUGUAAAUAUCUCGAAGAACUCGUCAGUUGAUAUCGAACUGUCGACUAAGAGUUAACAAAUGAAUAUUUUCUUUAACAAUUGAUUUAGUGUCGACGUGGGCUACCACAGAAAAUUCAAUUUCCACAAAUUAACAUCACGAUAAAGAAGAAAAAAAAGAAGGAAAAAAAAAAAAAAAAAAGGGAGUUGAACCACCAGAGUAGUCUAUAGACAAUGGACAUGGUAUACAACCAGUCGUACAUAAGGCUUGGUUUCCAUGAGCAUGCCAUAACAAUCCUUUUUCUUCCCAUUUUCGCUAUCCGGAAUUUACACACAAUUCUGUCAAACGAGGCCAAGUGGGGAACAUUCUGCACCAUCCUAUACACUCACUAAAAUCAUUAGGAUUGGCUUAUUUCAAUGCAAACUGAAAUCUUAAAGCUAUUAAACAUGCACCAAUAAAUCAAUAAAUAAAUAAAUAAUAAUAAUAAAGUCUUCAAGUCAAAAUGAUGCAACAACUACCAGAGUACAAUCUCUUACCUUACAGUCAUGUGCAGAAAGAAAUCUGGAUUUGAUUUAAACUUACCAAUAAAGUUGGCUGGGCAGGAGUUCUUACCAUUGUUUUGAUGGUAUAGUAUGGUUGAUGGUUUGAAAUUUGUUUAACAUAACUUAGCUUGAUUAAGAAAAAAAUUUUCACUUUAUGACUUGUAUUGAAAUAAUUCACGAUGUUAUUUCGUGCAGAGCGUCUUUCACCACAUUGUAAGUUCCAUUAUAGCAUUUACAAUGUCAUUCUUAUUGUUCUUGAGUGCUUUUAUGGCCUUUGCUCGUGUCACAUUUGCCUGAGUCAUGACAAGAUCAAU